CCCGCCGCCCUUGUCUGAUGAGAGCCUCGGCUCCGCCGAAGCGGGCAGCAGCCGCCGCCGCCGCCGCCACCGCCGCCACCGCCCCUGCCACCGGCCGCCACCAUGUACCUGCACCCGGAGGCUGCCAGCGCAGGGUCUCCCUCCCGUGACGUCCUCCUGGUGUCAGCCAUCAUCACCGUCAGCCUUAGUGCCACCAUCGUCCUCUGCGGCAUCUGCCAGUGGUGCCAGCGCAAGCUGCAGGGGAAGCGUUACAAGACUUCCCUGGAGACCGUAGGGACCCCAGACUCCAGCCGAGGCCGCAGUGAGAAGAAAACCAUCAACGAUCUAGACAGAGACUUUUGGAAUAACAAUGACAACACAGUGCAGCAGAAAUGGAGCUCCUACCCUCCCAAGGAGUUUAUCCUAAACAUUUCUCCUUACGCUCCCUACGGCGACCCGCGCCUUUCCCUCAAUGGCUCUCUGUUAUCGGGAGCCAAGCUGACGGCGUCGGCGGCCGCGGGGUUGGCCGGGGACCGCCACGCUCGGCCCGGGGAGAAGCAGCGGCUCGGCGAGGACGGCCUGAGGAGCAGCGUCUCUGCCCACAGCGAGCCUGGCACGGGGAAGGUGGCACGGGGCCGCUGGCACACGGUGCAGAGUCACUUGGCCGCAGGGAAGCUCAGCCUGUCCAAUUUCGAGGACUCCACCUUGUCCACAGCCACUACCCUUGAGUAUAUCCCCACCUCAGCAGGAGACCCCAAAUGCCAGAGGCCCCGCACGCUCAUGCGCCAGCAAAGUCUCCAGCAGCCCCUCAGCCAACACCACCAACGCGCCAACCACAGCCAGCCCACCACCAGCCAGAGCUUGGGGCACCUCCAGGCCCACAGCGGCUCCUCCACCACCGGUGCCACCAACCCCCGGGCUCCCCGCGGUGGUGGCGGCGGCGGCGGCCAAACGCGCCCGGGCGGCACCGCCGGCUCCAAGCACCCGACGGCCGGCGGCCGGAGCGGCUCCAACCCCGGCAGCUGGGACCAUGUGGUGGGGCAGAUCCGCAACCGUGGCUUGGACAUGAAGUCCUUCCUGGAAGGCCGGAUGGUGGUGUUAUCCCUGGUUUUGGGACUCUCAGAGCAAGAUGACUUUGCCAAUAUCCCCGACCUACAACCUGCUGGGACGCAGCCGAACGAGUCGAACGCUCAGGGGGACAAGAGGUUGCCAGCCGGGGGCAAGGCAGUGAACACGGCACCGGUGCCCGGGCAGCCGCCGCACGAUGAGUCCGACCGCAAGACAGAGCCACACUCCUCUGUCUCCGACCUGGUCAACUCCCUGACCAGUGAGAUGCUGAUGCUCUCCCCGGGCUCUGAGGACGACGAGGGGCACGAAGGCAUCAGCAGGGAGAACCUGGGGCGCAUCCAGUUCAGCGUGGGCUACAACUUCCAGGAGUCCACCUUGACCGUCAAGAUCAUGAAGGCGCAGGAGCUGCCGGCCAAGGACUUCAGCGGCACCAGCGACCCCUUCGUCAAGAUCUACCUGCUCCCAGACAAGAAGCACAAGCUGGAGACCAAGGUGAAGAGGAAGAACCUCAACCCACACUGGAAUGAGACCUUCCUCUUCGAAGGGUUCCCCUACGAGAAGGUGGUGCAGAGGGUGCUGUACCUCCAGGUGCUGGACUAUGACCGCUUCAGCCGCAACGACCCCAUCGGGGAGGUCUCCAUCCCCCUCAACAAGAUCGACCUCACCCAGAUGCAGACCUUCUGGAAGGACCUGAAGCCCUGCAGCGAUGGCAGUGGGAGCCGUGGGGAGCUGCUGCUGUCACUGUGCUACAACCCUUCUGCCAACUCCAUCGUGGUGAACAUCAUCAAAGCAAGGAACCUCAAAGCCAUGGACAUCGGGGGCACGUCAGACCCCUACGUGAAGGUGUGGCUGAUGUACAAGGACAAGAGGGUGGAGAAGAAGAAGACAGUGGUGAUGAAGCGCUGCCUGAACCCUGUCUUCAACGAGUCCUUCGCCUUCGACAUCCCCACGGAGAGGCUGCGGGAGACCACCAUCGUCAUCACCGUCAUGGACAAGGACCGGCUGAGCCGCAACGACGUCAUCGGCAAGAUCUACUUGUCCUGGAAGAGUGGCCCUGGGGAGGUGAAGCACUGGAAGGACAUGAUCGCCCGGCCCCGGCAGGCAGUGGCACAGUGGCACCAGCUGAAGGCUUGAGCCCCCCAGGACUGUGGGGACAGGGGGGGAACCCCUUUCCUAUCCCCUUCUUUCACCCCUCCAUGGGGCUCCCGUUGAGGAGACGAGGGAUCAGAGGGACACUGGCCUGGCUGGUGGGGACCCUGGGGUAGGAGGGGGAUGGAGCCCCCCUGACUCCCCACUUCCACCUCUCCCUGGCUCAGAAGGGUGUCAGAAGUGAUGCACAUACAC